AUGACGGUCCCGCUGACAGAGGAGGACCUGCACGAGCUCUACGUGUGGGUCGAUGACAUCCCCAUCUCCCGCCCGAAGCGGAACAUCACGCGUGACUUUAGCGACGGCUGCUGCGUGGCGGAGGUGGUGAAGUUCUUCUUCCCGAAGCUUGUCGAUCUGCACAACUACACCCCCGCCAUGUCGAUGAGGCAGAAGAAGGACAACUGGGAAACCCUCAACAACCGCGUCUUCCGCAAGCUCCACUUCGAGGUGCCGGUGGAGGAGAUCAACGACAUCACCGCUGGUGUGCCGGGCGCCAUUGAGCGUUUUCUCCGCGCACUGAGGACAAAGAUCGCGCAGAUCAAAGCACGCCGCGAGGAGAUGGAGGCGCUGGAUGUGCGCCCCACAACCUCCGCGCUGCGGCCACAGUCUUCGGCAGCGCGGAGCGGCGAGGGCGCCGGUGCAAACAACUACGGCAGCUGGACGAACGCGGCGAAGGCGCAGUCCACCAGCCCGCGGUGUCAGCCGAGCGGCACGGUGGGGAACGCUCCAGCGGCGUAUCGGUCCCCGUCCAACUCAAAGAGCUUGCAGGAGGCGGGCCACCACACCUCCACCAAUGGCAGCCACAACAACGGUAACGCCGCUAGCUUCCGUCUCCUGCUGGAGGAAAAAGAUCGCACUAUAUUUGAGCUUCGCGAGACGGUUAGCUUGCUGAGCGAAAAGGUGACGAAACUGGAGGAGCUAGUCCGCGUCAAGGACGAGAAACUAAAUGCAUAUCGUGCCAAACUCGGUCGUCUGUAA